AUGCCUUCACCUCCGAUCCAGGUCUUCCUCACCACCAUCGCUUCUCAACCUGCUCUCAGGCAGCGCCAAGAAUAUGUGCUCCGCGUCUUGCAGGUCAAGAAGGUGCCCUUCACCUCCUACGACCUCGCCUCGGAUGAGGAAGCGAAGAAGUUGUGGAGGAGAAAGGCUCCGGCAGACAAGCAGCAGCUGCCCGGCAUCCUCAUAGGCGGCGAACUCCCUGGCACGUUCCAAGACUUCGAAGAAGCCGUAGAAUUUGGCGAACUCAACGCUUACCUGCGCCUCAACGAGGUGUGGGAGCCGCUCGAGGGCGACAAGCCCAUGCUCCGCGCCGUUCCCGUCGGCAUCCCGGGCGCGUACUCCCCCGCGCAGAUGAACCCGUCGCACGUCUCGCCCGCCCCGUCUCCGAUCAGGACUAGUAAGCCCCGCGACGGCGAGCUGGAUGCCGGGGAGAAGCUCGGAGACGCGGGGCUCGUCGGGGUGAAUGUCACGGAGGACGACCUGCUCGCGCUGGUCGAAGAACUGGGCUUGAACGAGGACGAGGCGAAUGAGCUCGUUAAGGGCCUUGGUCCAGCACCGUCGAACUCCAAGAAGGAGGAGGCUACGAAGGACGAGGUCAAGAAAGUCGAACUCAUGAAAGACGUGGUGAAAGAGAUGGUCGUCAAGAAAGCGGAGGCCAAGAAACCCGAGGUCAAGAAAUCCGAGGUCAAGACAACCGAGGCUGAGAAUGUUGAGACCAAGGAGGAGAAGGUGGAGCCCGUAGAAGCCAAGGAGGAGAAAGCAGAGCCCGUAGAAACACCAAAAGCGGAGGCUACGCCAGAGGUGAAGGCAAACGAAGCGGAUGCAGCAGAAAAGGGCGAUGAGAAGUCAACUACUGAGGAAGUGAAGGCUGCGUAGUUUUGGAUGUCUUGCAGGAUUUUCGAGGUCACUCUUGGGUAUACGGAUAGAACGCAUGGGUCGGAGGACUGUAACAUAGGUUUGGAUAUCCCACACUUGGAAUUGAUUGGACACACC